GGGAAGGCCGGGCACGGCUGGGGUCUCUCGGUCGGGAGGAGCGAGGCGGCUCUCGCCGCUGAGAGAGCCCCGCCGCUGAGCCCGCACCUCCAGCGCAGCCCUGCCCGCCGCCGCCAGGAGCCGCGGCCCGGCCCCAUGCUGAGCAGAGCCUUGCUACCUGCAGUGCUGUCUUGUGUGGCAGAAUGGAGGCCUUUGGGCUGUGCAAGCGCAAGCUGCCUGGAAAGCUGCAGCGCACGGUCAGGCUAACAUGGGUUCACUUCCCAUAACCAUUGCUCAACCUCCUGGAUAUCUGUGAUCAAGAUCCCAGAGUGUGACUAGCAAGAGCUCUCCAUCCACCAUGUUGCCCUGUGGACCAGCUUUGACCUUUGUUCGGUGCCUGGUACGGAAGAAGAAUGUUGGCGGUGAAAGCCUUGAGGACUCCAAGUUGUGCCGAUGCUUGUCGACGGUGGACCUUAUAGCACUGGGAGUAGGAAGUACCCUUGGUGCUGGUGUUUAUGUCCUUGCUGGAGAAGUAGCGAAAUCUGAUUCUGGACCUAGCAUUGUUGUUUCCUUCCUCAUUGCUGCCCUGGCGUCUGUGAUGGCAGGUCUCUGCUACGCCGAGUUUGGUGCUCGUGUUCCCAAGACUGGUUCUGCGUAUUUGUAUACUUACGUAACUGUUGGUGAGCUGUGGGCUUUUAUCACUGGUUGGAAUCUCAUUUUAUCCUAUAUUAUAGGUACAUCAAGUGUAGCAAGAGCCUGGAGUGGCACCUUUGAUGAACUUCUUGGAAAGCAGAUUGGUCAUUUCUUCAGAACCUACUUCAAAAUGAAUUACUCUGGACUGGCAGAGUAUCCUGACUUUUUUGCUGUAUUUCUUAUAUUGCUUCUAUCAGGUCUAUUAUCUUUUGGAGUAAAAGAAUCUGCAUGGGUGAAUAAAAUUUUCACUGCUAUUAACAUCUUGGUCCUACUCUUCGUUAUGAUUUCUGGUUUUGUGAAAGGAGACGCUGACAACUGGAAAAUAAGUGAAGAAUAUCUCAUAAACCUUACUGCAAUAACAGAGAAUUUUUCAUCCUAUGAGAAUGUGACCAGUAUAUAUGGGAGCGGUGGCUUUAUGCCAUAUGGUUUCACAGGAACAUUGGCUGGUGCUGCAACCUGUUUUUAUGCUUUUGUAGGAUUUGACUGCAUUGCAACAACUGGAGAAGAGGUCAAGAAUCCUCAGAAAGCCAUACCCAUAGGAAUUGUGGUGUCCUUGCUUGUCUGCUUCAUGGCCUAUUUUGGGGUUUCAGCUGCACUGACUCUUAUGAUGCCAUACUAUAUACUAGACGAGAAAAGUCCUCUGCCAGUAGCAUUUGCAUAUGUUGGAUGGGGUCCUGCAAAAUAUGUUGUAGCAGUGGGAUCCCUCUGUGCUUUGUCCACAAGUCUUCUUGGAUCCAUUUUCCCAAUGCCACGUGUAAUCUAUGCUAUGGCGAAGGAUGGGUUGCUUUUCAAAUGUCUAGCUCAAAUCAAUUCCAAAACGAAGACACCGCUAGUUGCUACUCUAUCGUCUGGUGCAGUAGCAGCUGUAAUGGCGUUUCUGUUUGACCUAAAGGCUUUAGUGGAUAUGAUGUCUAUUGGCACACUUCUUGCAUAUUCACUUGUGGCAACCUGUGUCCUCAUUCUUAGGUACCAACCCUGUUUAACCUAUGAGCAACCCAAAUAUUCUCCAGAAAAAGCAGCUUUGGCUGCAUCAGAAAGGGAAUCUGCAGUUAGUGAAUCACAGAUAAAUAUGAUACAAGAGAAUCACUUCAGUCUUCAGAGCCUGAUCAAUCCAUCCAGUUUACCUACAGAACAGACUGCAACUACUGUUAACUUUUUAGUGGGUCUGUUAGCUUUCUUGGUUUGUGGCUUGAGUGUUCUCACUACAUAUGGGACUCAUUUCAUUGCUAACUUGGAGCCCUGGAGUAUUGGCCUUCUUGCUGCGUUGGUGGUGUCCUUCAUAGUUACCAUUCUCCUCAUCCAAAGGCAGCCUCAGAACCAGCAGAAAGUGGCCUUUAUGGUUCCCCUAUUACCAUUUUUACCAUCAUUCAGUAUCCUGGUAAAUAUUUACCUGAUGGUACAAUUAAGCAGAGACACUUGGAUCAGAUUUAGCUUCUGGAUGGCACUUGGCUUCUUCAUUUAUUUUGCUUAUGGUAUUAGGCACAGUAUUGAAGGUCAUCGCAGUGAUAGAGAUGAAGAUUCUUGCUCAGAAAAUAGUGGGUUGCAAGAAAAGAACCCUGUGGAAGAAGUGGAUGAACCUGAAAAUACAAAUGAAAGUGAUCAGUUUCUUGCACAUGAGAGGACAAGUGAAUGUUAAUCUAUGCAAAUAUACAAGUCUUUUAAACCUUUAAUUGACAUUUUACUUGCGAACUGAAAUUUCAAAAGCUUUCUACCAACAUUGUGCUUCUUGAAAGUGUUUACUACAAGGCCUGGCUGAUACUUUGGACAAGCUGCUAAACCAUCUUCAUCAUUUCAGAACUGACAGCAUGGAGAUUAAUAUUUAAAUAAUAAAAAAAAGUACCCUUUGGCAAGCAAAAAUAUGGAUGGAUUGUUUGAGCAUCCAUCAUGAACAUCCAUGAUCACUGGCAAUCACAAAAUAUGAAGGACUUUAGAACUGCCUACAAGACGUUCUGAAUAUUUUACACUGCAUUGUGAACACAAGUGCCUUUUACAUGUCCUCCUUAUCUCUGUUACAUGUUCUGGUCACAAUCGAAUAGUAUCUCAAAUAACAAAGCAGCUAACUCACUGACUACUGAAAUACCAAGUACUAUCUUUUUUCUACAGAAGUAACUCUCAUGGGAGAUAAAUAGAAGAUAAGCCUGGAAAAUAUUUUGAAAACAAAUGGUAAAUGUACAGAUCUGAUAUUUGGCAAAAAAUAGAGGAUCACAUUUAUAUAAGAAUAGUAGAGAAAUAAUUGCUUAGCCUUACUAAUUAGUAAGCAUGGUGAAUGCAAACGGAGAAAAUUCUUUAAAGGCUUUUGGUCCUUCUAAAUGCUAUUCAAGAUUUCUACUUCUAGGUUACAUGAGUUCCUUUCACUUCAGAGAUACUGUGUAUAUAAAAUACUUCCAAGAGUUAUGUUGUUUUCUGCAAAACCAUUGGGGAAAUAAUCUGUUUGUUACAAUAUUGACAUUUGUGUAUGAUUUAGCAAGUAUUCUGCUGUUGUUUUCAGAAGGGAUGGGAUUUUAUCCCUGACUAUGUAAUUGCAUACUUUCAUUCAGCACUACUCAUUUAUUCCCCCUAUACUUCCUUCUCCUUUAUCGUGUGACAGAGUUGAUACUUCUGAGAUUAGUUGUUACACAUUGCUUCUCUACAGAAAAAUUUAUGCACAAAAUCCUUCCCUUCUUUCAGAUACAAGGGGAGGUGAAAAAAACUGAGGCCCAGGCUUUGGAAAGAAUCCUCUUCAAAGCAAUAUUUCAGUUCUUAACUAAGCCAUAAACAUAUGUUAGCACAUCAGGUUUUUGUGAGCCAAGCCUAUAUCCACAAAUGCAUUCAUGUGGGUAGGAUGUCCAAAUGCAGAUUUAUGGAAAGAACCGAAUUGUUGCAGCAGUGCUGGGUUAAACUAAAGCUAGUGAAAAUGAACUCUGUUCUUUCAGCAUAAAAGUCAUACUACCUAUCAAAGGCACCCAAACAUUUUAAUGCUAUUUUUCAGCAAAUAGUAGGAUUCCAUGAUGCGGAGUUAUUUUGCUAGAAGGCAUUUAUAGAAAUAACUUCCUUAAAGUAAGAAAGAAUUGUGUUGAACUUUGUCAUGGAGCAUUGCAAUCUGAAGCAUAAUAUUGCCAGUAAUAAUCAUUGGUAUUAAUCUCUGUUGUUAUGUAUAAAAUCCUAUAUCCUGUGAGAGUGAUGUUGGUUGACACUGAAAAGCACCUUACUUUUUAUAGUAGCUGGAAUUUUACCAAAAAAAAAAAAAAAGGAAAGAAAAAAAAAGAAACUAGUUAAGCUGCUUCUGUCUGUCUCCCUCCCUUUCUGUCUUCUUCACAGCAAUAGAUUUGGGCUUUUUAAUCUAAAAAUGAGUUCUGUUGUGAGAGAGUAACAUGCCUAAACGUAGGAGGGCAGAAAGAGCUUCUUGAUAGAGAACCCUGAAACGUGCCAAUACCCCUUAUUGGAAUCCCAUAGGUUUGUAGAUUUCAGCCUGAUGCCUUUCUGAAUCCCAGUUUGAACUGGGAGGAGAGCAUUUUGCAGCACUGGUAGCAUGGAAGGGAGAUGUUGCUGUUGCACUACUGGCCUCUGCUGGCUACUGAGCACUAGGAGUAGCAAUCUGAAAAGAUCUUCACCUCUGCUUGUCUUCUGGGGCAUAUUCCUGGAUUUACAGUAAUCUAGGAGAAAAAAAACAAACAAACAAAAAAAAACCCACCUGAAAACAUUUGCUAGAAUACCAAAGCAGAGCACUUGCAGGUGCCUGUGUUUCUCUUUGGAGGUAUGGGGUGAGAAGCAUACAACAGGAAAAACACCUGCCUCUUAACUGAGGAUCUAGCAUGGGCAUCUUGUAACUGUUGUUGUCCUAAGGACUGUUCUACAGAUCAGUGGUCCUUAAAAAUGGAUGGGACACAGAGGAUAAGAAACUCUAGGGUGGGUGGCAAUGCAGUCCAAUUUUUUAAUGUAUCAUAAUCCAUCCAGAAUUGAUCCUAAGUUAUAGCCACUUCUUCCCAUAAUUCAUCAUUGUUUUACAAGAUUAAAGAAACACUAAAAUGCCAUAUUAGACUAAUAGAAGCAGAUGAUAGUGUAAGUAAAUGUUUGAUUGAUAGGAAUGGAUAGUAAUUGUUAGCAAUAGUAAUCAAGAAACUAUUGCUAAGUUUCGGUAUCUAUUCAGUGAAAGAAGGAGCUGUCUAUGUCAGUUGGAUCUUCUAUUUUAAUUGUACUUCUCAAGGGAGGUCCAUUUUUAUGAAAAAAAUGACAAAAGAACUGUAUGUUCUUGAAUAAAACAUUAGAAAUUUAAGACUUCCUAGGCUCUAUUGAAAGGCAUAUAAUAAGGUAAUCCUUAUAGAUGUCAAAACAGAAGCUUUAUUUAAAAGUACCACAAAUAUUUGAAGUAGACAGUGAUGCUUUUCCUGAUUUGUAACUACUCCAUGAAAAGCACGGUUUCUACAGUGGUUAUUCUUCAGAGGACAUCCUCACCUCUUAAAUCCUCAGCUGCAAAAAUGCCAUGCCAUUGGAGCAAGUCAACAGUGCUCAGUCAAAGCUUCUGCAUGAUUGAUGCCUUUACAAGCCUAGAGUGAAGUGCAGCUCUUUUAGACUUCCUCGCACAUCUCGGUGUGUGGAAAGCAGAGACAUUUUCCUAUGGAUGCUGAUGCCACAGAGCAGGCGAAAAAGGCUCCCAAGAUGCAAACUGCUGCUGGUCUGUGAUGUGCAAGGAAGACCCCAUUCCCUCCCAGAGCCAUCAUAUAGAAUGUAUGAGUGUGCACGCCUGUCUGUAUGUUUGCAUCUGUCUGACAUUAGCCCAUAGUAAUUUUGAUGUACUGAUUACAAUAAUUUCUAUGCUGCACUGGAAUUUUCUUUUGAAGGGAGACUGUCCAUGUAAUAACCUUAUGACUAAAGCAAGUGCUAGCUAAGACUUCUGGAGGUAGGUUAGAGAAAUUUUCCAGCUUAUGUGUAUUUUGUAUAUAGACAGUUUCCCCUUUCGUUUGUAGGAGUAUUUCUCCCCCCUUGUUAUAGAAAUUAACUAUGAAAAUGAAAGAAUGUGACUGUACAGUUGUUGCUGAGGGGGAUUGGGAGCAGCUGCAGCACAGGAACUAAGUUAACUAAUGAGAUAACAGUUAACUAAUGAGAUAGAAAA